AUGACCGACUUCAAACUGAAGGAGCCUAAACAUGGCAUUACCGGACCGAUGUCCACUGCCCUACCUGAACCUCUGGACUACGAGAAGACUGCCGACUUAAUCGAAGAAUUGAAGAGGGAAAACAACUACGAGUCGCUGGAGGAGACAAAAAUCCGAAUUAAGACUCUCAAACUAUUGAACAGCGUCACUCAAGAAUUUGUCCGUGAGGUCAGUCGGAAACAGGGACUCCCUGCGUCUCAGAUCAAUCAGUUCGGCGGCAAAGUCUAUUCAUAUGGCAGUUAUCGCCUCGGUGUAUAUGGACCCGGCUCUGAUAUCGACACCCUUGCCGUCGCUCCAAGGCAUGUGAAGCGCGAAGACUUCUUCGAGUUAUUCCCCGCAGUCUUGAAAAAGGAGGUUGAACCUGGCGCUAUUACUUCACUUGUUCCAGUGCCUGACUCCUUCGUUCCCAUCAUCAAACUCGUGCUCAAUGGCAUAGAGAUCGAUCUCAUCUUUGCGUCGAUUGCAACCCUGCAGAAAAUUCCUGCAGACCUCAGCCUGAACGACAACAGUCUCCUGAUAGGUUUGGAUCAGGCGUCUAUUCGUGCAGUUACUGGCCCUCGUGUCACCGAUGAGAUUCUCAGCCUCGUCCCCGUUGAGAAAACCUUCCGAACGGCGCUGCGGGCGAUCAAGUUGUGGGCGCAGAGAAGAGCUAUCUAUGCCAAUAUUGUUGGCUAUCCCGGCGGUGUCGCUUGGGCUAUGCUUGUUGCGCGCGUCUGUCAACUUUACCCUGCAGCGAUCGGUGCUACAAUUGUCGGCAAGUUCUUUUACAUCAUGAAAGAAUGGCCUUGGCCUCUACCGAUUAUGUUGAAGGACAUUGAGCAACCCAAGAACCUAGGACCAAACCAUGGCUUCAAAGUCUGGAACCCGAUGCUCUACAAAGGGGACGAGAAGAAUAUCAUGCCCAUCAUCACGCCGGCGUUCCCAAGUAUGUGUGCAACUUACAAUAUCUCCAAGUCGGGCAAAACAGUCAUCCUCCGUGAGCUGGAGAGGGCUGACAAGAUAGCCAACAAGAUCUUUGCCGGCAAAGCCCAGUGGAGCGAGUUGUUCCAGAAGCACACCUUCUUCACCGCGGACCACAAAUACUACUUGAGUGUGAUCGCAAGUGCGUUGAACGCGGAUGCAGCCAAGGCAUGGGCGGGUCUUGUCGAAUCCAAAGUUCGGAUUUUUGUCAUGCAACUGGAGAGCACAAAGGGCAUCGAACUUGCUCGACCCUUCACCAAGGGGUUCAAACGCAUCCACAAGUGCCAGGACUCGGAUCAAAUCCGUGAGGUGCAGAGAGGUAGCAUGAAGUACAAAGUGGAAGAGACGAAGACUGUUGAGACGACCGAUCCCGAACUGGUGACGACCAACGGGGACGGUGCCGCAAUUCCCCUGUCAGACAAUGUCGAUCCAAAGAUGGACACGGAUGCGCACACGGUUUACACCUACACAUUCUAUAUUGGCAUUGACACGGUUGCUAAAGGCAGCUUGAACCUAGUUCAGGCGUUCCAGGCCUUCAAGCAAGUGUGCGAGGGCUGGUCGAGUUUCAAUUCAGAAGUUCAUUUCCUCAAUCUCGCGUCCUCGAAGAGUUGGGAGUUACCAGAAGAUGUCUUCGAUGCGAAGGCCGGCGAAGUCCGACCGAGCAAACUACUCAAGAAGGUGAUUAAGAGUACCAAAGCAGAGGCCAAGCCGGUUCGACGAAGCAUCAACGAGGUCGAGGACGCGGAGACUGACGGCGAUUCCGUGAAACGACAACGACUGAUGACAGCUACUGCCACACCGACCCCCGCUGCCGCACCCGCCUGA